AUGAUCGACAUCUCUCACCAGCAUGACCAGUUCCUCGAGGUCGUCCCUACUUUGGUUCGGCCUUCCCUGGUCGAGGCCUUGAAGUCUCGUGUUCGUGCCGAGAUGAAGGCCGCUUGCCCCUCCGCCGACUUGCCUCAGGUUCAGGCCUUGCCCGUCUCCCAGAUGCUCCAGGCUCGCCUGGCUUCGCUUGUUUCCGAGAGCGAUGACGCAGAGGCCGAGAAUGCGUUCUAUGUCGCCGAUCUGGGCGAGGUUUAUCGCCAGCACCUUCGCUGGAAGGCCCUCUUGCCCCGCAUUGAGCCCUUCUUUGCCAUGAAGUGCAACCCGGAUCCUAUGGUGAUGCGUUUGUUGGCUUCGCUCGGAGCAGGAUUCGAUUGCGCCUCCAAGAACGAGAUCCAGUCGGUCCUCGACAUGGGUGUCGACCCCUCGCGCAUCAUCUACGCCAACCCUUGCAAGCAAAACUCGUUCGUCAAGUUUGCCUACAACAACAAUGUCCGCAUGAUGACGUUUGACAAUGCCGAGGAACUGUACAAGAUCAAGCGCUUCCACCCCGAGGCCCAAUUGGUCCUCCGCAUCUUGACCGACGAUUCCAAGUCGCUCUGCAAGUUGGGACUCAAGUUUGGUGCACCCCUUGACACCACCGCAGGAUUGUUGGCGCUCGCUCAGGAGUUGCAGCUGGAUGUCAUUGGAAUCUCGUUCCACGUCGGCAGUGGAUGCUUUGACGCCAAUGCCUUUGGAGAGGCUGUUAUCCGCGCACGCCGCGUCUUUGACCAGGCUCGCGACUAUGGAUUCGACUUCAAGUUCCUGGAUGUCGGCGGUGGAUUCCCCUCUGCCCAUGUCACUGAGGGCAUUACCUUUGAGAAGGUCGCAGGUAUCUUGGGACCCACUGUUAACUCUCUCUUUGGACCCGACGUCCGUGUCAUUGCCGAGCCCGGCCGCUACUUUGUUGGAUCUGCCUUCACCCUCGCCACCCAGGUGAUUGCUCGCCGUACUGUCUCUAACGAUGUCCUUACCGCCGCAGCCGCUGCAGGAGAGCUCGACCAGACUCCCUCGCACAUGUACUACAUCAACGAUGGCAUGUACGGAUCCUUCAACUGCAUUAUGUUUGACCACCAGAUCUGCGAGCCCAAGGUCCUUCUCCGCGACGGCGUUUACGCCUACGAGUCUGGAUGCAUCAACAAUGACGACCAUCUGGGAGUUGCCUCCGUCUGGGGCCCGACCUGCGACAGCAUUGACUUGAUUUCGUCCAAGGCUGUCUUGCCGCUGAUGGAGACUGGCGACUGGAUGUACUUUGAGAACAUGGGCGCUUACACCAUCACCGCCGCGUCUCAGUUCAACGGAUUCCGCAAAAGCGAGAUCUUCUACACCACCACUGAGGAAGAGGUCGUCUACCACUUUUGA